ACAUGGAGCGGCCCAAAUUGGACCAAGCAAACAGGCGGUGAGCCGGUCUCGCCUCGCAGCGCCGCCGGUACUCGCCUCGCCGUCUCCUGCGGUCCCGGGCCGCCUCCACCUCUUCUCCCGCAGCGCCGGCGCCCUCCUCUCCUCUCCUCUCCUCUCCUCUCCUCUCUCUCGCCACGCUCCCUCCGUCCCCGUCGUCGAAGGCUAAGGAACCCUAAACCCAGGAACGAGUUCCCAGCCCUCGGGGGCCUCUGGCGAUGCAUCUCACUCUCGAGUUCGGGGGCGGGCUGGAGCUGCUCCUAGAGAACUCCACCAAGGUGCACAAGGUGGAGAUCACCACGUCCAAGGACGGCCAAGGCAAGGUCACCACGCCCAAGGAGGGCCAAGACAAGGUCACGAUGAAGUCGCUGCUUUCUUGGGUCAAGGACAAUCUGAUCAAGGAGCGCCCGGAGAUGUUCGUCAAGGGCGAUUCCGUGAGGCCUGGGGUUCUUGUCCUUGUAAAUGACUGUGAUUGGGAGCUGUGUGGUGGUCUUGAUGCAGAGUUGGAAGAGAAGGAUGUUGUGGUUUUCAUCUCCACUUUGCAUGGUGGUUAGUUUAAUUAUCAGGAUGAUACCAUCUUAUGAUUUUCCUGAAAAUUGCAUCUUGUAUCAAGUUGGAAGGGAUGGAUUGAUCUGAGUUCUGUAACUUUCUGGAGAUACUAAUUGCAAAUUGUGGAACUGGACUUGGUGCCAAUAUCAUCAAAUUAUAGUUCCAUUUUCUUACUGGAACACAGACACAUAAUAUUGUACACAAGCGGUCCUGUAUUUUUGCAAUACUGUUGUGGUUCUCCUUCGUUUGCUGUAUACAUAAAUGAAAGGUGGAUUGAACUACUUCUAAGUUCUAACCACUGUUUAUUCA